UAAUAAGAGAGAAAUGAACAUGAUUGAAGGAGAUUUGUUUCCUCUUGUGUUUCCAGUUAGAUGGACUUAACACACAUGCAUCGUUAUGCAUCUAUACAUAUUUAUCUUUGGGUGUAAAGCAAAGAAAAUGUCAUAAACCUAACAAUAUAUUCAACUCAUGUAUAAUCCAGUAUAUUAGAUAAUAGUGCAGCAUGUGAGUUUCAUUCCCAACCUUUUAGCAUUCUCUGAAAGAACAGGUGCCAUAUUCACUCCAGCAAGAAUCUCAGCAUCAUAUCCAAAAGGUAACUAUAAACACAUAGAUAUUGUAAUACAUUGCGGUUGGUGAAUAUUCUGACAAUUUUAGAGUAGUUUCAUAUUUCCUACUGCAGCAUUGCAAACACACUGACAACCCUUAUAUACAGUCUAUGGGUAAAACCUAUCCAAGACGACCACAUUUACAAUGUGCAAUAUCAAAAACAAGCCACAAGUGCCGUGUGCUCAUACGGGUUGAUACACAAAGUGUUUCCUCUAUUGUCUGACAAUGUUGACAAUGGGUUUAUACGUACUAAAAAAAAAUUUAAAAAAAACAUUUUAUUUUGGAAAACCUUAACCGGAAACUGGUUUUAACUUGACUACCGUGACACCAGUGAGGUGAUCACUGCAGGCGGACCACCACACCGAAGGAGCUGUUUAGAACUACAGUCACUACAGCACUACUCGGUGUAGCCCUUGCAGAGUGUAGUAGAUCACUGACACCAGGAUGGAGGUAUCCAGGAGAAGAAUCUUCCAGAAACAUCUGGAGCCUGCCAGACCCCUGCGCCGCUGCAUCCCUUUUGGCAUUGAGCCCAAAAUAAAUGCUGCUACAUGUGCCCAGGCACUGAUCGAAGAAGAGUAUCGAGAGACCACAAUUGGGAUGGAGGAGUUCUACAAGAUUGUCAACCUCUACAAACAGAAAAAAGGCAGCAUAUCUUACACAAGAGAUUUUUUAAUUGGUCUGGCAAAUUGUCCUGAGGCCAGGAAGAAGCCGGAAUUCUUGCCCGAUCAUCCCAUUGUCCUGAUGGCGGCAAGGGAUCUUGGGCACCUUCAUGAGAUGAGAUGAGGUGGAAUGGGGGAAAAGAAGACGUGCGAGUUUGAUAUAAUGAAAGUGCGUUGCGUCUUUAUCAAACCUUUCUGACACUCUAGUAAAUGAGACGAUCUAGAUUAGGAUUUGAAUUGAAUGCACAUUACUAUCUGAAGGCUAAUUCACAUUAGUAUGAAACUAUAGUUUUUAAAAAAUGUACAUUAGCCUCGACUCAUUAGUGGUUGUCUGACUAUCAUUGUCUUACUGUAUGCUUUACUGUUGGUAUUGGGUUGAGUGUGGUAUCUUGAUCAAAUUAACAGUUUAUUCAUUAUUUGUUAUUAUUAUUUUCUGUUUUUUAGGGCGGCAGAAAAGCUUCACUCACUUCAAUAAAUUUGAACUGGUGUUCACUACCCAAAAUAGUUUUUUUUUGUUUGUUUGUUUGCUUAUUGCUUUUCUUGGUGAAUUUAAUUUAACUUGUUAAAUUUUGCAUGUUUCUUAUUUGUGAAUGUGACUCAUAACAGUUUGAAGUGAAGUUGCACAAAGUUCGAAUACUAAACACCGUUUUAUUUGCUUAAGUGGUAGUAUUGCUUUUUUGCUUACAUUUAUAUUUACAUUUUGAAAAUACAGUUUGUUUCAAACAUAAGACAUUAAUGGCUAUUCGUCAGCUGUGGUAUGUUUCGUUUAAAGAAACUGGGGACGGGGCAUUGCCAUUUAAUGCAGACUCAUCAUAUUAACGUGUCUCACUAAACAUGUGAACUUCUUUUAUAAAGGAAUGUUUGGCUCAACAGCUGUGUGUGAUGACAUUUUCUUUCUUACAUGAAAUUUAAACUUAAGCUGCAAUUAUGAAUAUAUGACCAAUUCAUCAAAUAACUAUGUGUAAUGAAAAAAAAAACCACACAUAGAAAGAUAAAACAACUAUGCAGUACUCCUCAGUUCUUUGGAGUCUUUUAUCGUCUUUCGGCUGAUUGUUGCUUAGUUUUCUGGCCCACAACUCGGCUCUCAUCCUCAUUACCAGCCACAGCUACCAGCUUGAGGAAGAAUGCUCUAUUAAAGCCACUGUACUCUACCUGACCAGCACCACAUGGCCAGCAAGGUUUGUGAGUAGCAGGUGAAGAUUUUCCCACAGGAAUUAGUAGGGACCAAAACAGAGCUGACGUGAGACUGAAUAUUCAAUAUUCAAAAUCCAUCAGGUGAAUAUUAAUUGUAAAUAGACAGCUUUAAUUGUACAGCAUCAAUCCUUGUAUUUUACUUUAUGUAUAUAUUUUUCACAUUAUACAUCACUACAAAUUAAUAUUUCCACAUGAUCAAGCUGUUCCUUUCUUUCACCUUCUACGCAGCGAAUGAGAAGGAGAUAAACACUCUACACCGCAGGUAUUUCAAAAUGGAGCCACGCAGGACCACUUUAAAAUCUAGUUCUGUUGAAGGCACUUGAUAUCAAGCACACUGAUGUUAUUCAAAGUCUUUUUUAAGUAAUUUAGUCAGUAUCAGCCAGGUGUUUCAUUUGUACGGACCCCAGAGAACAAAAAACAGCACUUAAUGAAUUAAAGUAAAGAUCUUGAUUAAGAUCUUGUACACCAUUCUUCAAAAGUAGCCUACUUGAAUUCACCUGGAGUUUACAACAGUAAAAAAAAAAAAAAAAAAAGUCUGAUUCUUCACUCCAGAAACACGAAUGGAGGGUUUGGUCACCACUGUCACCAAAACAUAAACAAAC